UGGAUUAUAUCUAUAUAUAGUAUUCAUUUUGUUGACCUUGAAAUGCUAUUUUUCUUAAUUGCUUUCACAUGCUUCCCUAAGCUGUCAUAUUCAAUACGUCAUAUUCUCACCUAGCUUUUGAAAAACCAUUUGUAAGCAUGAGACGUUUCAAAACUGUAGAAAAAAUUGGCCUCCUUUGUCUUCUUUUUGAAAUAUCCAAUCUAUCAUGUUUCUUGCAUGACCUUUCAGUUGUCUAAACUAGGAUGAGCUAACUCACCUUCUGGACUCUUCCAAGUCUAACGGCAUUAUUAUGUACUAAACAGCUAAUGUGUUUCUUUUUUUGUGGGCUGUAUUGGGGGGAGGGGCGAGUCGAACUUGAGUUGAACCCGUGACUUCCUAGUCAGGAUAUAGAAGUUGCAAGGAAAAUUAGACCUGUGAAAGAGAUUCUGAAUUAAGUCAGACAUGGCCAAAGAACAGUUGCAAGUGCUCAAUGCACUUGAUGUGGCCAAAACACAAUGGUAUCACUUCACUGCAAUCGUAAUUGCCGGCAUGGGUUUCUUCACCGACGCAUAUGAUCUGUUUUGCAUCUCUUUAGUCACGAAGUUACUCGGCCGCAUAUACUACCAUAACGAUGGCGAUGCUAAACCGGGGUCUUUGCCUCCUAAUGUCUCAGCUGCAGUGAAUGGUGUUGCUUUUUGUGGUACCCUUGCUGGCCAACUCUUCUUCGGGUGGCUCGGUGACAAGAUGGGUCGAAAAAGAGUCUAUGGCAUGACCCUUAUGGUCAUGGUUAUCGCUGCAAUUGCCUCUGGCCUUUCCUUUGGCAAAAGUGCAAAAGGCGUGAUGACCACACUCUGUUUCUUUCGCUUCUGGCUAGGAUUUGGCAUCGGUGGCGACUACCCUCUUUCUGCUACCAUUAUGUCCGAGUACGCCAACAAAAGAACUCGCGGUGCCUUCAUUGCUGCGGUGUUUGCCAUGCAAGGUUUUGGGAUUUUAACCGGUGGAAUGGUUGCAUGUAUUAUUUCUGCAUCAUUUAAGGCCAAAUUUCCUGCCCCAGCAUAUCAAGACAAUCCUCUUGGCUCCACAGUUCCUGAAGCUGAUUAUGUUUGGCGCAUAAUUCUGAUGUUUGGUGCGAUCCCUGCUGCACUUACUUAUUACUGGCGAAUGAAAAUGCCUGAAACUGCCCGUUACACGGCCUUAAUUGCCAAGAAUGCCAAACAGGCCGCUGCUGACAUGUCCAAAGUGUUGCAAGUUGAGCUAGAAGCGGAACAAGAAAAAGUUGAAAAGCUUUCUGGAGAUAAAGGCAAUGAUUUUGGUUUGUUUUCAAAACAGUUUCUUCGUCGCCAUGGCCUUCACUUGCUUGGAACCACCACUACAUGGUUCUUGCUCGACAUUGCCUUUUACAGUCAAAACCUUUUCCAAAAGGACAUUUUCAGUGCAAUCGGGUGGAUUCCCGAUGCCAAGACAAUGAAUGCCAUUGAAGAGGUUUUCAGAAUAUCAAGAGCUCAGACUCUCAUUGCUCUCUGCAGUACUGUCCCCGGGUAUUGGUUCACCGUGGCAUUAAUCGACAAAAUAGGGCGCUUCACCAUUCAGUUAAUGGGAUUUUUCUUCAUGACAGUGUUCAUGUACGCCUUAGCUAUUCCUUACAAUCACUGGACUCAUAAGGAGAACCGAAUUGGGUUCGUUGUCAUGUACUCGCUAACCUUCUUUUUCGCCAAUUUUGGUCCAAAUGCAACGACUUUUGUUGUCCCCGCUGAGAUUUUCCCUGCAAGGCUACGAUCUACGUGUCAUGGCAUAUCAGCAGCAUCUGGGAAAGCUGGGGCAAUUGUUGGGGCAUUUGGGUUCUUAUAUGCAGCUCAGAAUCAGGACCCGACUAAGACAGAUAAAGGGUAUCCACCGGGUAUUGGUGUUAGGAAUGCGCUCAUGGUUCUUGGGGGAGUCAAUUUCUUGGGUAUGGUGUUUACAUUCUUGGUGCCUGAGUCAAAAGGAAAAUCAUUGGAGGAAAUGUCUCAAGAGAACGAGGAAGAUGAGGAUGGAUCGACGGAGAUGAGACAGCAGACCAGUCAUGACAUUAGGACAGUUCCGGUUUAAUAAGAAUUUCUCAUAUAAUGCUGCUCUCUUUAGUAUAGUUAUCAGUCCACCUAGUAGUUUAAUGUCUUUGAGCACACAUCUUAGGAUGAAAAAAAGCUUGUAGUGCUUCACCUUCAUGUUCAUCUUGAGAUAUGUAAUAAGCUUGCUGCUUUCUUCUGUUUAACUAGUGGUGAUACUCUUAAGUUCUGUCUGGCUUUAAUCUUGUUUGUUAAUGGAGAAAAUGUGUAGUCCUCUCUCUC